AUGCAACGCAAAUGUUUUCUUACGUGCACGACGGAGGAUUUGGAUAAGGCGAUCGACCUUGGAUUGCAUGCCAUCGAAAUUGAGCGCUCCAACUGUCGCCGCCCUCGGUUCUCGACUUUGACCGUGGUAGCAAACCUCUUGGAUCUUCGUCACCAAUAUACGCUCUCGGACGGCCGAGACAUCGAGAAGUCUGUCACAAUACGUCACGAAGUGCUGGAGAUCUGUCCUGUGGGUUUUAGGGAUCGAUGGGAGCUUCUGGGUAAUCUUGCAAUGACUCUGCAUCUUCGUUUUUCUUGGGGUGGUGAACUAGAUGAUCUCGAGAAAGCCGUUCGUCUUAGUCGACAGGCUGUGGAUGAAGCACCUACAGAUCAUCCACGAGGGUUCGCUCCUGCCAUCUUGCUCGCGGAAAUAUUGUCUCUCCGCUUUAACGAAGUUGGGGAUCUUGCCGAUCUCAAUGAGGCGGUGCAUUGGAGCACCCGCGCAAUGGCAAUUGUCUCUCCUUCGGUAGCCGAUUACAGCACCGUUGUUCUAGGCACAGUAUCCCAUCUUUGCAGCCGUUUCACUCAGCUCUUCGCAUCUGAAGACAUAGAAAUGGCGAUAAUCCUUUCUGAAAGGUUACUCGCCUCCAUACCGGCUGAUCACGCGGAUCAUGUGGCAGCGGUCUAUUCGCUCGCAAAAUCACUUCUACUCCGAGGUCCGAUGCAGAAUAAUACUCGGGAUGUGCGCUCUAAAUUUCUUGGAAUAGCACGCGUCCUUGGAAUAAUCCAGACAAGCUACGGGGAUAUUCUUGCCGCCGAGAAGUCCGUAUCUACCACGCUACUGGACAUGUAUGUACAGGCUGUUGGCCUUCUCCCCCGUAUCGCGUUCUUUGGCCUCCAGCUACAAGCGCGACUCCAGUCCCUGAUUUCGGGUCAGCAUAUAGCGCUAGCCGGAGCGUCUCACGCACUCAAUAUGUCGUUUCCGCAAGUGGCGAUCGAAAUUCUCGAACAAGGCCGGGCUGUCUUCUGGACGCAUGCCCUACGCUUGAGGUCUCCAUUCGACGCCGUUCCCAUCGAGUUUCGUCAUAGGUUAUCAUCACUUGCACGACAACUGGAUCAGGUUAGCGAUAGCACAUCUUAUUCCACCCCAGAUCCACGCAUUGUGGAAGCUGCAGCCAUGCGGAGAAGGCAGCAGAGCGAAGAGUUCAACCGCCUGCUGGACGAGGUUCGUGCAGUGACGGGAUUCCAGAGGUUCCUGCUUCCCGACCAGUUUUCGACGCUUGCGAAGGCAGCAGAAAGGGGCCCUGUCAUUGUGCUUGUAUCGAGCACCCUAGCCUGCCAUGCCAUCGUCAUUAGAUCCUGCGGUGACCCCGUCACAAUUUCCCUUUCUUCCGUCACCGACGCCUGGCUUCUGGAAUCAGGGUCAUUAUGGCGUUCAGUUGUGACGAAGGCGAGAUCUACCCUGCGAAAUCGUCUCAAGUUAGCGAAGUCUGCUGGACGUAUCACGGAACGGCAUGCUAAGGCAGAGGAGAUCCUGCAACGCUUAUGGGUGGACGUGGUUACUCCUGUUCUCGAGGAACUGAGAGUCGAGGUUAGGUUCAUCUGCCGGAAGCGUCCCCGGAUAUGGUGGUGUCCGACGGGACACUUUGUCCAUCUCCCUAUCCAUGCUGCGGGAGUAGGAAGAGAUUGGUGCUCGGAUUUCGUCGUAUCUUCCUACGUGCCGACUCUCGGCUCUUUGAUUUCAGCCAGAGAAUCGUAUGUCCCAAUCGAGAAGCGGAAUGUUCGAGCCUUGGUCGCCGCGGUGUCCCACUCAUCUAUGACGCAGUGGGAAGACCUUCUGGCCACUGAAGAGGAGAUGUGCGCCGUGCGCGAGGCAUUACCGGAUGGGGCAACCAUCGCACUCCCGCCAUCGGAUGAUGCCUUGAUAGGGGUCGAGGGAGGUAUCAGUGCCGACACAUUCUUGCACUUACUACCACAGGCCACGAUAUUGCAUCUUGCCUGUCAUGGCCAACAAAAUCCUGAAAAUCCGCUCAUGAGCGGAUUCGUUAUGCGCGAUAAUUUGCUUACGAUCGAAACAUUGAUGCCGGUGGCACUUCCGAGAGCGUUCAUGGCGUUUUUGAGUGCAUGUGAAACUGCGAAGGGAACAACCUUUCAGAAUCACCCGGACCAGACAGUUCACCUCGCCGCAACCAUGCUUUUUGCAGGCUUCAAAAGUGUGAUCGCGACGCUGUGGUACGUUGCCGAAUUAACAAUUUGGAAGGUUUAUUCCUAA